AUCUCCGCUUCUACUGGAGCUACAAGGGACUUUGCACUGACUUCUUGUAUGGAGCUUAACUCUCACAGUUGCAUCCAAUCUGGGAAAAUGAAAAUAUGCGCUAACGGCGUUACUCUUGAAAAGUCUGAUACCAAUUUCCCGAGAGCAAUGAGAGACGACGCGCAGUUAGGAAUAACUCAAAGCGAAAGACAUGACUAUGAGAAUCCCGAACUGUUUUCCAGUUUGCCAACUGUGUUUGAAGGAAAGAUGUCCGUCAGGGAACCAAAGCUCUCCAGUCGCGAGCAAUUAUCAAAUACUGGUGAGUACGUAGAGUAUACAAAGUUUGUCAGUUGUGUAAUGUUUCACAAGCUAAGACAGUUAGUAAAGCCGGAGUUCGAAAUGUGUACGCGUUUCAUGUUUAGGUUUACGUUUUGUCUUCCAUUGCCUUCUCAGUGACUAACUAUUUCGCUUUCAGUUUUUACAAGACAAUUUUCGCUUCCUUCCAUGAAAUUUCACAUGUCUUGUUGUCAAAAGGUUAUUCAUCUGCAUGUAUACAAAAGAAUGAUGUGUGAACGAGUUGUGAACUUCUCAUGUCUGAAGUGUCGUCAAGUUUUUCAUCUUAGUUAAAAAAUGAAAUCUAAGUGUUCGCACUUCGCACCUUUAUCAACUCAAUUAAAUAUUCCCAACUGCUGUGUACCUACUUAAUUCUGCAUGGGCGAUUAUUGACUUUGCGAAUACAGUUUUUGUAUCAAUGAGCACGUAAACCGUGAACCGCAUUGACUUUUCAUAACAAUGUUUAACAGUUGAAAUGAUUAAAUCAAGCCAGAUAGGGCAACCUAUUGGACACUCAAACACUCCAGUGUUAAUGAAGGUUUAUUAGACUUUAAUGGAAUCCCAUUUUGAGUUUGUCCACGUUCAGUGACAUUAAUUAUCAAGAGUUAAUACUUUUAUACCCAUUUAUAAUCGAGUUGUAAGCCAGGUGAAACCACUCCAUUAUACACGCGACAGUCUCGUUACCAGCGUCCUCGCGGUCUUUAUUCGACCCAGUUUCAGCAGCACAAUAGCGAUAUUUCGCUUCACGUCAGCUAUUGAUAUUUACGUCAACCAGGGGCUCAUUGGCUCUUGAGACAAUGGAUUCGUUUAUGUCAGUGGUUGGCACGUUUGAAUAACAAAAAACUAUGUUUACAAACAAGAGAUAUCGCUAUUGUCAAACUGAAGAAGUGUAAUUUUUUUCAUAUACUUUGAAUUAGAAAUGGUAUUUGAACCAAACCAUAGUAGGGGUUGUCCAUGAUCCGAAAUAUUUCCAAAAUCCGAAAGCCUUUCAUUAUAAGGAAUACAAUAGAGUUAACUUAUGAAAUCAAUGACAUUUUAUCAGUUUAAACUUUAAUUCGGCUCAGUUUGAAGCAUUAAGAGAAGUCAUGAAAGGCCCAUAACUGUCAAAGUCUUGAUGACCUGUAAUGUUCAGUUAUAGAAAACUUUACAAAGAGAAUUCUCCUCCACGGCUGAAACAAGUCACUUCUAUGUUUAUUGUAUUACAAAACGAAUCUUGAAUCUAAAGAUAAACAUAUUAUAAAUGGUUUUCUUUACAAAAGGCUUGUAUAGAAGGGGUGGAUGGGACAGUUAGUUUUAAGUUAUGACACUACCAAUGGCUAUUUUGAUUUUACAGCCAAUCUGCGAAUAUCUGCAUCAAAUAAUGACGUCAGAGGCGAGGAUCCUCGGCCACUCUCCCCAUUCUUCUCUCAUUGCUCAUCUCAGGAGAGUCUGGACGAAAACUUCGUUUUACGGCCGACAGGAUUGCGCAUGAUUAAUCGUAAAGUUUCAAGCCCGAGUCCUACGCGUAUGACUUCGACCAGGAGGCGAACUCUGUCUGACGCUCCAACCGAGGCUCUAAUAAGUCCAAUUAUUCCACGGAGACACCUUAGUCCAAGACAGGUAAAGGAAGGCAUGUCACGUGUCAGGUCAUGUCCAGUAAUAAACUCUGGCUCAGAUGAACACUUAAAAAAAUCGUCGCCCUCACCUCCUGUCUCACCGCGGUUUACUUUUACCGAACUAUCAUACGUCGGCGCGCAGCCGCAAAACAGAACCAAGUUUCACACGACUCCGAUUGGUGCAAGCCCAGCGCUCGCAUCCGCUGACCAAGAAAAGUUACCGCGGAUACAUCAGACUCGCGGCAGUCCAAUGCUCGUAAAGACGCAAAGAACACCAACUGAGUCUGCGCGUGAGUUGUUUAACAUGAGUCCUGUUUUGGGUGAAUCCGCUGUCUCGAUAGACCAGGACAAUAACAUUCAGUGUGACUUCAACGAUAAAGUGCAAUACUAUUUACAUACUAUAUCUGCAGAAAAAGACAUAGACCAGUAA